GACCAGAUGCCAGCGGUCUAGAGUAGAAGGAUACGUCAAUGUUUUCUAGAGCUUCUUCUUUUCUUAGAUUUAUUUCACCAUCUGCAAGAAAACAUAAGUUUUCUCCUCUCUUUUUACCAUCGCAUUCGCAGGCAACAUUUAGAUCAAUUUCUGCCAUGGCCACACAACGUGCUUUGGAAAUCGUUGAACAUUCCGACAUGAUUCGGUCUGCAGGUGACAAGCGACUCUACCGGGCAAUGACAUUGAAAAAUGGAAUGAAAGUAGUUCUUGUCAGUGACCCAGAUACUGACAAAUCCUCAGCAGCCUUAGAUGUCCAUGUUGGUUUCAUGAAAGACCCUAAAGAUCUACCAGGUCUGGCUCACUUUUGUGAACAUAUGCUGUUUCUUGGAACAAAAAAGUAUGAAGAGGAGAAUGCAUAUAACAAGUUUUUGAGUGAACAUGGAGGGAUGUCAAAUGCUUAUACUUCAUCAGAGAACACAAAUUAUUUCUUUGAUAUCAGGCCAGAAAACUUACCAGGGGCUUUAGACAGAUUUGCUCAGUUUUUCUUGUGCCCAUUGUUUACACCCUCUGCCACAGACAGAGAAGUAAAUGCUGUAAACUCAGAGAAUGACAAGAAUUUACAGCAAGAUCCCUGGAGGUUCAACAUGUUGGACAGGUCCCUGGGUAAUCCAGAUCACGAUUACACCAAGUAUGGGACAGGUAACAAGGACACUCUGGAUACCAUUCCAAAAUCCAAGGGACUGAACACCAGAGAUGAGCUUCUGAAGUUUCAUUCACAGUAUUAUUCCUCCAACAUCAUGUCACUGGCUGUGUUAGGAAAAGAAUCUUUGGAUGAAUUAUCAGAGAUGGUAUUGCCUCUGUUUGACCCUGUCGCUAAUAAAUCAGUCGAAAUUCCUUCCUGGAAGGAGGGUCCCUAUGGUCCAGAGCACGUCAAGAAAAUCUGUUAUGCUGUGCCAGUGAAGGAUUUGAGGAACCUCUCUGUCUCAUGGACCAUUCCUGAUCUGUCAGAUUACUAUGCUUCAAAUCCGGGACAUAUAUUGGGCCAUUUGAUAGGGCAUGAAGGAAAGGGAAGUCUGUUGUCAGAGCUCAAACAAAAAGGUUGGGUGAAUUCCCUCUGUGGAGGUCAGACAGAUGGAGCCAAUGGUUUUAUGUUCUUCAGGAUUGAUUUUGAUUUGUCUGAAGAAGGGUUAGAGCAUGUGGAUGACAUUCUGCUGAAGAUGUUCCAGUACAUUGAAAUGCUGAGGAAAGAAGGCCCACAGGAAUGGGUGUACAAGGAGUGUCAACAGCUCUCAGAUAUGAUUUUCAAGUUCAAGGACAAAGAAAUGCCCAUCAAUUACACAUCCUUCUUAGCACGUAGAACACAGAAAUACCCCCUCCCUGAGGUUCUGAGUGGCUCUUAUCUGUUGACCGAAUACAGACCUGACCUUAUCACCAUGGUGCUGGAUAAACUGGUUCCCGAAACCAUGAGGAUUGGAGUGGUUGCUAAGAAGUUUGCUGAUGUAGUUGACCAGAAGGAGAAGUGGUAUGGCACUGACUAUAAGGUAGAGGACAUUCCUGAGGAGAAAAUUCAGAAAUGGAAGAAUUGUGGAUUAGGCGAAAAUCUUCAUUUGCCACCUAGAAAUGAGUUCAUCCCCACAAAUUUUGAUCUUGUACCAAGAGAAAAAGAUUGUUCUCAUUUGCCAGAGAUGGUUAAAGAAACUGGCCUGACAAGGCUAUGGUUUAGACAGGACGACAAAUUCCUACUGCCCAAAGCUUGUAUGAGCUUUGACAUAUCAAGUCCUAUUGCAUACAUUGAUCCACUACACGCAAACAUGUCAACAUUGUUCACGGAGCUCUUCAAGGAUGCCCUCAAUGAGUACGCCUAUGAUGCUGAACUCGCAGGAUUAAGUUACGACCUAAUGAGUACAAUCUGGGGCAUGGUGCUUCAAGUUAAAGGUUACCAUGAAAAACAGCCCAUUCUUCUGAGGAAAAUCUUGGAGAAACUCACUGACUUCAAAGUGGAUCCAAAGAGAUUUGAAAUUCAUAAAGAAAUGUAUAUAAGAGGGCUUCGUAAUUUCUUUGCUGAGGAACCAUAUCAACACUCUGUCUACUACACCAAUAAUCUGAUGGCUGAGGUUCAGUGGACCAAGGCUGAGCUACUGCAGUCUGCCGAAGAUGUCACAGUAGAAAAAUUGCAGGCUUUCAUACCUGAGCUGUUGUCCCAGUUAUUCAUUGAAGGCUUAAUCUAUGGCAAUGUGACAAAGCAGCAAGCCAAAGACAUCAUAGAUAUGACAGAGAAUAUUCUCUCAGAAAAGUGUGGAACCAGGGAGCUGUUACCAAGUCAAUACAAGCGAUACAGAGAGGUGCAGAUUCCAGAUGGCUGUUAUUACUUGUACCAGACAGACAACAAAGUGCACAAGAGCAGCUCAAUAGCCAUUUAUUAUCAGUGUGGCAUGCAGGACACCCUCCCCAAUAUGUUACUGGAGUUACUGGUACAGAUUGUGGGGGAACCCUGCUUCAACAUCCUCAGAACAAAGGAACAGUUAGGUUACAUUGUGUUCAGUGGUGUACGAAGAGCUCGUGGAGUCCAAGGUCUACGAGUUAUAAUUCAGUCAGACAGACCACCGCAGUAUGUGGAUGACCGAGUGGAAGCUUUUCUACACCACAUGGAUUCUGUCAUCCAGGAAAUGAGUCAGGAGGAAUAUGACAAACACGUCAAUGCCCUAGUCACUAAGAGAAUGGACAAACCAAAGAAGAUCAAUGGACAGAACUCUAAAUACUGGUCUGAGAUACUGUCCAACACUUACAACUUUGACAGAGAUGACAUUGAGGUUGCAUGUCUGAAGACAAUCAAGAAAGACAGCCUCAUGAAGUUUUUCAAGGAUUUCAUAGCUGUAGAUGCUCCACACAGACACAAGCUCAGCAUUCACAUUUUACCAGCCAAUGAAGGACUCGGUACAGAUGAACCAAAUACUAAUGACAAUGGAAUUGACCUUUUGCCUGUACCCCCAAAUCUACCCAAGCCCACUAUUGUGGAUGAUAUUUCAGAUUUCAAGAGACACCUUGGGUUGUAUCCCCUCCCUAAACCAUUCAUAGACAUCAGAAGAGCCAGAUCAAAACUAUAAAGAGUAGAGGACUGUCAAUACCGUACCAAGUCUUUCUUCAUUUUAAUCUAUCAAUUCCUGUUUUAAUUGUAGAACAUGGAUACUUUUCCUAACAUUUCUUGUUUUUUAAUCGUAUAUCAUGUUGCAGUGAUCCGUAGUUUAGCAUGCAUGACAGAUUAUAUCUGAUGAUUCUUAUUGAUUAUUAAGUACUGAUUUCAUUUUAACUCAGUGUAUAUAUGCAGGAUAAGCGAUAUUGAGCAUACAACAAGAUUAUGUUCAAAUACAUAAAAUGGAUGAUUUUAAUAGCAUGUAAACUUUUUUAUAUAUCAAAAAAUUUUGAAAGAUGAUAAAAACCCUUUUAAGUAUUAUCAGUGGGCAUUUUUAUGUGUAUAAGAAUUAACUAAUUGUGUUUCUUGUUAGUAACGAAACUGGUAUUGGUGUAAAAUAAUGCUUUAGUGAUAGAACAUUUCUUGUAUUCUGAAUUUUAAUGAAAUACAUAGUUUAGUAAUAUAUACAUUUCAUGUCUUCUGAAUUUUAAUGAAAUACAAUGUACAAGUAUGUAUUAUCACACCCCUUAUUAAGCAUAUGGAAUUUAUUUUUUUGUGUGUGCAUGUGUUGUAAAUGGCACAAUUCCAAUACUAAAAAAUGUCGAGAUUUUGUGUGGGGUAUAUUCUUGCAUUGCUGAUGUUUAUCUCAGGUUUACAGUUUUAAGAAUGUGAUAUCAAUUCUAUAUAUGCGGAAUGUCUCUCUAUGAGUAUUUAGUGAAAAAUAUAAUACCCUGGCCCCCUUGCAUAUAUUAUUUAGGUUUUAGGUUUAUGCACAUUUAUUAAUCUUUUUUCACCUAUUAUGUAAUUUAGAGUACUAGUCUCCGUAAUCAUGAAUCAUUGAUUGAUGUACAUGUAUAUAAUAAUGAAACUACUGGUAUGUACAACAAAUUUUAUUUUCUUCUCUGUAUGUAAAUAAAAUAGCAAUGGAAGUGUG